AUGAAGUGGAUUUUCUGGAACAUUAGAGGAGUUGGUAAUCUUGACACCCAAAUACAUUUGUUUCAUAUGCUCAAAAAACAUAAACCUGAUAUUCUUUUCUUAGCUGAACCUUUGAUUUCCUUUAAUUCCAUUCCUUCAUGGUAUUGGAAUAAACUCAACCUUCAUCAUCAUGCCAUUAACAUUAGCAAAAAAACUCCUACACUUUGGUGUCUCUGGAACAAUAAAUACACUAUAACUAUUUUACUCAAUAAGGCUCAAUGUAUAGCCUUCACUUAUGUUGAUGAAGGGACCCCCACCUUUAUAGCAGCAAUUUAUGCCUCCACCCUUUAUAUCAAUAGAAGAGAAUUAUGGUUUGACCUCUCAUACUUAUUGAAUGAACACACUGGACCAUGGUUAUUCUUUGGAGACUUCAAUUCUAUAUUGGGGGCCCAUGAAAAGCUUGGUGGAAGAAUCCCUCUGCAAAUUGCAUGCAAUGAGUUCUUGCAAUGGACAAGUUUACGCUCUCUUAUUCAUCUGGAUACCUCUAGAGCCAAAUACACAUGGGUUAACAAAAGAGAAGGUGGAGCUUUCAUAGCACAAAGGCUUGACAGGGCUAUAUGCAAUGAGAAAUGGAUUACUGGGCUAUUACUUGCUGCAACACUCUUCUGUGAAAUAUUGGUCUCCACUCACUGGUCUGUAAAUGUUCAGGGAAGCCCUAUGCAUGUUUUACAUUACAAGUUAAAGACUCUGAAGCCUAAACUGAAGAUUUGGAAUAGGGCGGUGGUGGGUGAUCUUCAUCAGCAGGUUCACAGGGCUCAUCAACACCUUAGUGAUGCUCAGCUGGCUAUUGAUCAUCUAGGUUUCAGUGUGGAAAGAUCUAAUGAGGAGCUUUCUUGCAUCACAAACUACAACCAGGCUCUUCAAAGGCUAAACAAUUUUUGGCAAGACAAGCACAAACAGGCCAGAUUCCUUGAAGUUUACACUAGUAUUGAAGACAUAGAAACCCAUGUUUUGAGCUAUUUUACAAAUAAUUUCUCCUCCACUCAGGAAUAUACUGUCAAUGAUCUGCCUGAUAGAUAUAUUCCCCAUUGUGUAACUUCAGAGGACAAUAACAUGUUAACUGCUCUUCCCUCAGCUGAUGAAGUGAAACAUGCUGUUUUUGAUUUAAGUGCAGAUGCUGCUCCUGGACCUGAUGGGUACAAUGGUCAUUUUUACCAGCAUUUCUGGCAUAUAAUUGGCAAGGAUGUGGUGUUGUCCACUCAACAUUUCUUUCAACAUAACUAUAUAAUGCCCAAUCUCAAUUCAAACUUGUUGAUACUCAUACCUAAAAUCCCUGGUGCAGAUAACUUAGAGAAUUUUAGGCCUAUAGCUCUAGCUAAUUUUCAAUUCAAGAUUCUUACAAGAAUUCUUGCUGAUAGGCUGGGUUUGAUAGCUUCCAAAAUUAUUUCCCCUCAUCAAAGGGGAUUCAUACUUGGAAGACACAUACAUGAGUGCAUUCUGACUGCUUCAGAAGUUGUGAAUUUGUUACAUAAAAAAACUUAUGGAGGCAAUAUUUCCCUAAAAAUUGAUGUAAAGAAGGCCUUUGAUACUGUAAACUGGAAGUUUCUCUUACAUGUUCUUCACUGCUUUGGUUUUAGUCAACUUUUCUGUGAUUGGAUUAUUACUAUUCUCAAUUUUGCCAAAAUCUCCAUCAAUAUUAAUGGGAAAGCUAUUGGUUUCUUUAACUGCACAAGAGGAGUGAGACAGGGGGACCCCCUCUCACCAAUUUUAUUUUGUAUAGCUAAGGAAGUCCUAAGCAGGGGUCUUGAAGCUCUUGUGGUUUAUGGAAAGAUUACUCAGAUGAAUGCUACUAAAUCUCUCUUCAUUCCCAGUCAUUGUCUCUACGCAGAUGACAUACUUGUUUUUUGCAAAGGAACUCUAAGUAACAUAUGGCAUAUCAAGCAGCUCUUUCCUCUUUAUGGUCAGUAUUCUAGGCAAUUGAUAAAUUCUUCAAAAAGUAAAUUUUACAUUGGGGGCACAUCUCUAUCCAGAGCUCAUGUAAUAGCUUCCAUCACUAGAUUCAAACAGGGAACUUUACCUUUUACUUAUUUGGGAAUUCUCCUAUUUAAGGGUAAACCUAAAGCUCUCCAUCUUAAACCAAUUGUGGAUAGAAUUAAGCAUAAACUCAGUACUUGGAAAGGGAAGCUUCUGACAAUAAUGGGCAGAGUGCAGCUCAUCAAUGCAGUCAUAAGCAGUAUGUUGACAUAUUCCUUCCAUGUUUAUCCUUGGCCCUCUAGUUUACUCAUUGAGGUGGCCAAAUGCAUGAGAAACUUCCUUUGGAGUGGUAGUAUUGAUCAAAAAAAGAUCUGCACUGUGGCUUGGGCAACAAUUUGUAAACCUAGAGAGGAAGAAGGUCUUUCUAUCAGAGAUCCUGUUAAAACAAAUAAAGCAGUCAUGCUUUUGCUGACUUGGAAAUUGUUGACAUCCAAUGAACAAUGGGCUAUUAUCUGCAGGCAUAGAUUUCUAAAGAAUGGUUUACCCAAAUCCCAUUAUAUUGCUUCAUCUAUCUGGCCUGGCAUUAAACAAAACUUUCAUAUGGUGCUGGAUCACUCCACUUGGUCAGUGGGUAAUGGUAAAGACAUACACUUUUGGACUGACAAAUGGUUAGAUAAAACAAUUGUUAUGCAAUGGAACAUUCCCACAUCUCUACAUUCUAAGCUCACAAUGAAGGUUGCUGAUUGUAUUGUGGAAGGAAAUUGGUGUCUUCCUGAGUACAUCAUUCAAAGGGAUGCUCCCUUAACCAUGAAAAUUAAGACACUCACCCUGCCUUCUGAUGAUAUUAUUGAUCAGCUUUGUUGGAAUUCUGCAGUUGAUGGAAACCUCACCAGCAAGAUUGCUUACAAUACUUUUCUUGGUAACAGCCCCAAGGUUCUAUGGACAAAGCUCCUUUGGAAUUCUUACAUCCCUCCUUCUAGAUCUUUCAUUACAUGGAGGCUUUUACAAAACAAGAUCCCAACUGAUGAAAACCUCAGAAAGAGAGGUUGUAUAAUUGUGUUUAUAUGUGUUUUUUGCUGGCAAAAGGCAGAAUCUGCACAUCAUAUUUUCUUUGAUUGUACUGUCACACAUAGACUUUGGGAAUGGCUUGAAAAGGGUACUGAACAGAAACUAGACUGCACUAAUUGCUCUCAACUGAUCCUAGGCAGGGUGGGUGUUGGAAUCAAGCUGGUUCAGCAUGUUCUAAAUUCUGCUAUAAUUCAUACUAUUUGGGCCAUUUGGAUUGAAAGGAACCAAAGGGGAUUCUAA